GUGUAAGAAAAUCCUGCAGAUAUGACUGCUGAUGCUGUGUGCCAGUGCGUACUCGCCUGAUACUGAAUAUGCUCUUUGCUUUUGUAUAUAUCGAAGGGAACUGAUACCGCUAUUCCACGGAAGAUAUAAGACAGAGGAAUUCCGACUGCUGCCCAGACGCCGAAGAUCAGAAUUCCCAUCUUCCUAGAGUUUCUACAUCAGAAGACCAGAGAGAUGAAGAUGCAGUCACCAUGGGCUCGAUUUUACUCAAACAGCUGUUGCUUGUGCUGCCAUGUCCGCACUGGGACAAUUAUCCUUGGCGUGUGGUACUUGAUAAUAAACUCAGUUGUCCUCCUUAUUUUAUUGAGUGCGCUGGCUGACCCAGAUUUAUAUCACCUUCCGCAUAAUGAGUUGAAAAAUGAUCUGGACUUUAUGGAUGAUGCCAAUCUGUGCAUCGCUACUUCAAUUUCUCUUCUAAUGAUCUUAAUCUGUGCAAUGGCAACAUAUGGAGCUUAUAAGCAACAUGCAGCUUGGAUCAUCCCAUUUUUCUGCUACCAAAUAUUCGAUUUUGCCCUUAAUUCCCUUGUGGCUAUUAGUGUUCUUGUUUACCCCAACACAAUCCAGGACUACCUUCAGCAACUGCCAUCCAAUUUUCCUUACAAAGAAGAGAUAUUGUCUGUGAAUCCCACAUGUCUUGUUGUGAUUAUUCUAUUCUUCAUCAGUGUCAUCCUGGCUUUUAAGGCUUACCUGAUUAGCUGUGUAUGGAACUGCUAUCGUUACAUCAACAACAGGAAUUCCUCCGAUGUCCUGGUCUAUGUAACCACUAAUGACACAACUGUCCUGUUACCCCACUAUGACGACAGUGCUAGUGCAGCAGCUAAAGAAGCUCCUCCACCUUAUAUUUCAGCCUAAGAUAGGAGCUGACAUUCAACCAUACAUGAACCUUCAAACAGCAGCUUUGUAUAUAGCCGAGGCAUUGGGGCAAUACUCCAUUUCACCCACAGGUUAUUCCUUAUUGAAGAAGCAGCACUACCAAAUAUCUUGUCAAUAAAUAGAUAGCAGGUUAGUUGCAAACAGCUCUAAUGACCGUUCUGGCUACUUGAUCGCGCAUAACUCUUAAUUAUAUAUGUUAUUGGGACUGGGUGGACGGUGCCCCAUAGGCUGAUGUUGGACUAUGUUUGUAGUCCAGGAGCAGUCUGUUUGAGGCUGCCCACCCGUGGUGUACGGUGUAAGAUCGGGUGGGCCAUGAACCUUAGAGGUCUAAUGCAACUCACCCAAGUGUAUAUUCCGUGGCUUCAAAGCGCAUAACGUAAUGAACCAUUAUUGCAUUUUCUAAGUGUUUUGGGACCUCUGUUUCCUGUAUCUUUCCUCAAAUCACAGCUUUUGUGACAAAAGAAUGCAAUAGUGGUUUUGUGAGCAUAUUGUAUAUAUAUAUAUAUCAGGAACACCUAAUGUAUGAUUACAAUUGCCGCAGUUUGGAAUAAUGUUGAGUUUUACCAAGUCAUACCGUCUAUAACGGGGGUGAAGCACUAUAUGCUACUGUUAAAUGAUGGUACGUUAUCAGACUGAAUGAAUUAACGGAGAAGUAUAUAUAUUAAAUAUAUUAUUGUAAUAAAUGUGUGGUUUUCCCAUACACUUGUGGUAUCUGUAGUUUGAUUAGUGUUCGGCUGCAGGAAAUGUAACUUGUGUAAAAAAAUAAUAAAAAAGUGAACAAUGUAUUUGAGAAAACAUGUGAAUUACAGUAUGGUUGUUAUUAAAUGCUGCACUGGUUCGUGU